AUGUCAGCUCGCUCACGAAUGCCUCUGCGGAAGCUCUCUGCCACACAAAAGGCCGUGAAAGCGACAGCGGGACAGCUGCGUAGUUUGAUUCCCACGACAUGUAUGGCUUCUCAAGAACAGUACGAUGUGCAGGUAUCCCACUCCACGGACCUUUCCGUGAGCGAGCGAGAAUUAAUUUGGAAUAUCUUUGAAAUGAAUAUGAAAGCGCUUUCUGAGGGAUCUUCACUAGGUUGGAAUCCACCCAAGAAACGGCGCGAACUAUUUCACAAGAACUCCCGCUUCAUUCUCGUCCAGAAACCCAUGGAGAAAGACUCACCGGCAUCCUCCGGCGAGAUUGUCGCGUACACGAUGUUUCGAUUUAUUCGCGAACAAGGUGAGAAUCUUGUCUAUUGUUACGAGCUACAAGUCGGCAAGGAUGCACGACGGACAGGUAUAGGCCGACUGCUCAUGCAGUACCUGGGGGAAGUGGGUCGCCAUUGGAAAAUGGACAAGAUCAUGCUCACUGUCUUUCGAUCCAACGAACCUGCCCUCGCAGCAUACGGCUCAAUGGGUUUCGCAGUCGAUCCCACGUCUCCUGGAUACGGCGAUGAGGCCGACUGGGACGAGGAAGACCGAACCACAGAUUACUGGAUCAUGUCGAGGGAAAUCUCUUAG